GCGGCCGCGCGCAUGCGCGGGGCGGUCCCGCUGUGGCAGCGCCGAGGGCGAGCGCAGGCCUCAAGGAGAGGGACGGGGGGGAGGGGGCGCCGGGCCGGCCGCCGCCAUGUUCCUCUGCGCUCCCCUGCGGGCCGCGGCCGCGCGCUCGAUAAGACAAGUCCGCAACUUGCAUAGAACACCAGCAUGCAAUUCCAGUGGAGGAGCCUUAUUUGUGCACAGGGAUAGUCCUGAAAAUAAUCCAGAUACUCCCUUUGAUUUCACACCUGAAAACAAAAAGCGAAUAGAAGCAAUCAUAAACAAUUACCCAGAGGGACACAAGUCUGCAGCUGUCAUGGCAAUACUAGAUCUGGCUCAAAGACAGCAUGGAUGGUUGCCCAUAUCAGCUAUGAACAAGGUUGCUGAAAUUUUAGAAAUGCCUCCCAUGAGAGUGUAUGAAGUAGCAACCUUCUAUACCAUGUAUAAUCGUAAGCCUGUUGGGAAAUACCAUAUCCAGGUCUGCACUACCACGCCUUGCAUGCUGCGAGACUCUGAUAGCAUUUUAGAAGCCAUUAAGAAGAAACUUGGUAUAAAAGUUGGGGAAACAACACCUGAUAAACUCUUCACACUGAUUGAAGUGGAGUGUCUAGGUGCCUGUGUAAAUGCACCGAUGGUACAAAUAAAUGACAACUAUUAUGAGGAUUUGACACCCAAAGAUAUCGAAGAUAUAAUCGAUGAGCUAAAGGCUGGCAAAGUUCCCAAACCUGGCCCAAGGAGUGGACGUUUUUCUUGUGAGCCAGCUGGUGGCCUUACAUCUCUGACUGAACCACCGAAAGGACCGGGUUUUGGAGUUCGAGCUGACCUCUAAGGAUGCCUCUAAAGAUCUUUGUAAUAUAUGCUAAACUGUCUGAAAAUAAUAAAGUAACUUUAAUCUCAGUAAAA